AUGACUGACUCGCAAAUAACUCGGUGCUCCAUUUUGCCAGUCAAGGAUAUCAACACAUCCCUACACCCAUAUAUUAGUGGCACGGCAAAUGGUUGUGAAACUUACUCCGAUAGAGGAUACAUAGAAUCGGUUAUAUCAAUCGGCUCCAUCGCUACAGGUCAAAUGUUCCAGAGUGAAGAGAUAAAAUUUGUCACUCAAGCGUACAGCCUGCGAUGA